GUUUGCAGUUGCUGUACAUCGAGUCCGGUGUGCCAAUAUUUUCAGAGAGUGUAUGCCAGAAGAUCCACAGGAGAGAAGUGCGCGAAGACUUUGAGGUUGGCCUUGGAGUUAUAGAAGUUCAGUUUCAUAGCUCAACGAAAUUGGUUUCUUUAGAUUUAUUCAUUUCGACAUCUGCUUCGCCAGAGAGAUAAGAGAUUUAACCCUGGUACAACGAAAAUGCGUGCUGUCUUCGCUGCGUCAGUGCUUGCCCUCGGUGUUUCUGCCGAUGUCGCCUUCAAGUUUGAGGAGUUCAAGAAGCGCUUCAACAAGGCGUACGGAUCAGGUAAGAGGUUAUUAAAACUUAUACUUUGUUAGGACAACUAUUGUACUCUUCUCAUCUUGACAAGAACACAGUUCAAAAACCCAACUUCGAACUCACAUGAUUUAGAUUUUCACUACGCAUUAAAACCUCUCUAAAAACUUUCCACUCACAAAAACACAGCUGCCGAAGAACUCCAUCGUUUCAAGAUUUUUGCGCAGAACAUGGAGACCGCGCAAAAGAUGGAUGUCUUUGACCCGAGUGCUAAAUAUGGACAUUUGUCGCCAAUGGCGGACUUGACCGAGUUCGAGUAUGGCAAGUUCAACACGCUGAGGGUGACCAAGCAAACUCUCGCUGACCAUGCGAAGAAGGCAGUGAAAAUGAACCUCAACGGGGUGGCUCUGCCUUCCGAAUUCGACUGGCGUAAGAAGGGCGCGGUGAACCCGGUAAAGAACCAGGCGCAGUGCGGCUCGUGCUGGGCGGUAAGACCACUUGUGAUUUAUCGUAUUCUGUCUGAUGUUCUAGGGGAUCAUAUUUAUGUUUAGAAUGUCCAAAACGGAAUGAGUAUGUGCAGGACGCUUUUAUUCGGGUUUUGUAUAACUCUCUCAUGGUGUUACAAGUUUCUAUCUAUAAAGCUUUUAUGCGUACGCCACAUCUACUGUCUCUCGUUCCACUGUACAGUUCGCGACUGUUGCCAACGUCGAGGGCAACAACUACGUAAAAAGCGGGGAGCUGGUCUCUCUGUCUGAGCAGGAGUUAGUCGACUGCGACGACGAUGACAACGGAUGCAAUGGUGGUUUGCCCUCCAACGCCUACAAGGAUAUGAUCUCGAGUGGCAUGGGCCUGGAGCUGGAAAGUGCAUACGGAUACGAGGCACUUAUAAAAUAGAUUCUCAGAAGAUCUGAUCCGACAUGUACCAUUGCAUAUAUAGCGACUCACCUAGCAGGAACUUCUACCUAGAAAAGGAAUAAGUUUGUGAUUUCAAUUUGAUUUGCAUGUAACUAUGGUUUCCAUGUUGAAGAUAGGCUCACUUAAUACGAAGAUCACCACUAGAACAAUCAACUCACCCACAGGCUCGUGACGGCACGUGCAAGGCCAAGAAGAGCCUCGAGAGGGUAUUCUUGUCUAGCUGGGUUGCAAUCAGCUCGUCGGAGGACCAGAUGGCCGCUGCCCUCAUGAAGUAUGGUCCUCUUGCUAUCGGCAUCAACGCUGGCCCGAUGCAGCUCUACAUGGGAGGUACUUACAAGUUUUUAACUUGUAACUUCCAUCCAGAAACUCACACAAGAUGAACCAGGUCCCAGAUGAAAACACUGUGAUGGGGAAAUUCAGACAGAAAAUCAGAUUUGGUUUCACAAUCUACUUGCAAAGAUGAACUAACUUUAUUAUAAUCCUUUUUCCUUGCUUUUCAACCACUGACGCAAUUGAAAAAGGUAUCUCGGACCCGUGGAUGUGCAACCCGGCCGCGUUGGAUCACGGCGUGGCCAUCGUCUCGUUCGGUGAGGAAGACGGCAAGAUGUACUGGACCAUCCGAAACAGCUGGGGUACUAUGUUAAUGCUUAGCUUUUACAGUUUACUACUGUACAGCAAUCAGAAGUAAUCGAAAAUUGUACGUGUAGUAGAUACCUCUUCCUAGUGUUUUCUAUCUUCCCUAGGUAGGUUGGCUCCACCACAAAUACAUGUAGUCCUCCAGUCAAACUCCUACGCAAAGCGAAGAAGCAGAAAGAGACUUGAGUGUAUUGCAAGUGGAGUUUAUUAGAUGACACUCGUUUUGAAUACCCUGAUAACUUUUUUCUCCCAGGUCCGGAAUGGGGUGAGGACGGCUACUACCGCAUUAUCCGCGGAAAGGGCAAGUGCGGCCUGAAUCGCAUGGUCACUUCCGCGAUCGUCAAGGGUGGCAGCACAUCCAAGGUUGUCGGCAACACUCCGGAAUUGCUGGAAUAAGUCUCGUCUUUUUCGCUUCCUUGACUCGGGGACUCUGGUUACUCGCUUAGCGGCUACGGAUACGACAAUCGGACUAUCUGGGCAGCCAGGUGACGAAGAGACUUUCAUUUUCCUCUACAGCCGAACUUGUUUUGCGUACGGAACAGCGGAAAGUUGAGAGAGGAUAGCCACGACAUAGCAAUCAUAAAGAAAGUUCAUAACUAUUUUUGAGACGCUGGAACAUGUUCAUAUGCUAUUGCUCACGAUUUUAUAAAUUUCUAGAGGUGCUGCAGACUAACAAACGGGUGUUUUCUUUUCACGUACAUAUUCUUUUCCAUAAAUUCUAUGUCUUAACAGACGAGUUUUCUAUGAACCGAGAUUCGUAAUGUCCUACAUCGCUGUAGCAUUAUCAAAUAUAGCCAUGAUUCCAUCAUAUUGGACCAGGUGUGGUCAUAAAAUUUUCCUUGAAUACUACUCGGUAUUUGUUUUUUCAUUCCGGUAUAGCUCAAGCUCUACGAAUAUAAUGCCAUUCACCGUCGCUGAUCGAACACACAGACACAAUCUAGCACUAGCAUGCCCGAUAUCUCUCGAGAAUUUGCCGACAAUCGCCGUAUCCCUACUGCUAAUCUGGAUAGGAUUACUGCUCCACAAUGUGGAAACUGUUGAGAAAAACCCCCGAACGAU